AACCCAGCUCUGGGAGCUCAGCCGGGUGAGGUAAUGCAGCACAAAGUAAUUUAUUUCCUCUCUUCAUUUCUGUAUAAAACUUGUCAUGAGGUUUAAUCCGUCAUUACCUCCCUCCCAGAGCUGUGCUCAGUGGCCUGCUGCUAAGCCCAGACAAGGAGAUUUACAUCUUAUCUAACAGGAGUGUAAGAUUUAUGGAUAACUCCCGACAAGGAGCACAUCAUGCCAGAAAGACACUUUUGUGCUAGUAACUUGAUCAGUCAUUAUGCUGUGAGUUGACAUCUAAUUAAGCCUCCACAGGCAUCAUCAGGUCCAGAACAGCUCUUCAGGAGGAGAAAAUCCACCUCUAAGCACCGUGGUGGCAGCUUAUCCUCAACCCUUGCACUGCUGGAACAGAUAAUAAUGCUCCCCAGAAAACCCCCAGUCUCAGGGAGAGCUGGUGGUAUCACCUGCACUGGGAAAAGAAACCACAGGGGCAAAUUGCUGCUCUAAAAUGCAACAAACACUCAUUUCUCAGAGGCUUUCCUAGGCUGUGUCCAUGCCCCUGCCAAAGUCAGAUCCCACAAAACACCUCCCAUGGCCACAGGGGACUUGUCUGAGGGUUACAACCUUCUCAAUGGAUUUACUUUUCUGAGCACAUUUCUUGCCUCUCAAUGGGCUGCCUACACCAGCGUGGAAGUGUAAAUCCUGCUCUCCCUUGGCAGGCUGCUCGAUCUUCAUAUUUUCUCCUGACACUGCUCCAGGAUGCCUUCGAUGGAAAUGCACAGCGUGGCUGGAAUGCUGCUUUUUUGGCAUUCCCCUGCCAUGCUGAGCAGGGAAAUAACACCAUGUUGGGGAGAGCCAAGGGCUCUGAACGUGUCAAGAUGCUCCUGGACCCAGAGCCCGGUACCCGACGUCACCGAGGCACAAAGGACAAUGCUGCUGCCCGGGCUGCAGGUGUUUCAACAAGCCCUGAACACCUCACCCCACUGCCAAGGCAGUCAGAGCAAAAUGGGCAGCUCAACCCUCUCUGGUCAUGCUGAGCUCGUGGGGAGGAUGGGGGGAAGGCAGAACACAAAGGGGAGCUGCUCAGGCCAUGCAGGGUGUGUGGAUGUGGUGUUUGCAGUGGUCCAUGCUCUGUCCUCCAGGCCAAAAGGAAGCCAGGGGAACAUGAUGGACAUCAAGCACAGGAAGGGAGGAACUCCUAUUCCCUCCCACGAAGGGUUUCACUGUUUGUGGAGAUAUGAAAGAGAGUGGAUGCCACUGACUAUAUUCUCAGCCAAUUGUAAUAAGUAUUGCUGGUGGCUUUUGUUAGGGAAUGGGUUUAAGAGAGGAAGGGAUUAUUGCACAUGGGCCAUUUCAGAUCUUCUGUCUGGUCUAAAACUCGCUGAACCCAACUGAAACACUUCUGUUACCUUCAAAAGGCUUAUCCAGCUCUGAUGGAGCCAGAGAAUGUUCUUAAUAAAUUGCCAGGAUCUCCCUCAGGUCGUGUUCAAAUCUCAUCCCUUCUGGCCUGAGCUCCCAAGCCAGGAGAGUGACACAAACCACAGCAGCCUCUCAUAGAAUCCUGGAAUAGUCUGGGUUGUGAGGGACCUUAAAGCUCAUCCAGUUCCAAACCCCUGCCAUGGGCAGGGACUCCUUCCUCUAGACUUUUCCAAGUCCCAUCCAGACCUUGAACAUUUCCAGGGCUGGGGCAGCCACAGCUUCUCUGGGCACCCUGUGCCAGGGCCUCACCACCCUCACAGGGAAGAAUUUCUUCCCAAUCUCUAACAUAACCCUGCACUCUGUCUGUUUAAAGCCAUUGCCACUUGUCCUGUGGCCAUGGCUUCCAUGACCCAGUCACAAGUCCCUCUGCAGCUCUCUUGGAGCCCCUUUAGGCACUGGAAGGGGCUCAAAGGUCUCCCUGGAGCCUUCUCUUCUCCAGGCUGAACAACCCCAGCUCUCUCAGCGUGUCCAUAGCAGAGGGGGACAUGGAACUGCUGUCCCUGUGGGGUUCAGCAGAAAGGGUGGCUGCAGAGCAAAGAAAUCCACGUUUGCUUUCUAACAAUGUUUGAUUUCUUGGCACCCUCCAGCAGAGGCCUUUCUUUGUGCUGCUCAGGAACACCACAGUGAAGACAAGCUGCCCCAGGACCUGCUGUUCAAUCCUUCACCUCGCCAGGUCAACGGCCAAAGUAAUCAAUUCGGUGGGGAAACAAUAAAAAUGGGACAAAAAAACAAAAUGUCCCCCCAGUGUCCUGGUUCCCAGCCCUCUUUGCCAAUUCCUGCCCCAUCAGCUUUGGUUGGAGGGUAUAUAAAACCACAGAAUUUCUCGGUGUGGCCACGGCAAGGCACAGACUGAGUCAGAAGAAUGGGAACACCGGCCAGGAGAGGUAAAGAUGCUUUUGCAAACUGAAUAACUUGAUACAGGCAUUGCUCCUACUUUUGUGUGUCUCCAUAAGGGUCAGCACUCACCAGAAUGAUGCUUUCUGCAAAGACUGAGAUAAACAUGUAUGUUUUCUGCAGGUUAAACUUUCUGAAUUACUUGUUUUCAUAACAUUGUAGGAACAUUACAGACAUUAUAAAUGAUUCCCAAAUGUUUUUCAGAGACAGAUAACACUUUCACCUUUUCAUUUGACUUUAUAACUCCUCCAUAACUUCCAUUUCUUCCUCUAUUAAUUUUAGCUUCUGUUUGUUUGCUAUAUUUAUACCAGUUGUGGCCAUUCUGUGCUCCUCAGUAAGUGAGAUAUCGCUGCAGGCACUGUUCUAGCUCACAAGAUUGCAGAGGCUCUUCAAGGCUGAACCUUCUGUCAGUGCUUUUGAGACACCACACGAGAGCUGUGGGCUGUUAUUGCACCAAAGCUGACAAGCUCCAACCACAACCCCAGUCAAGGAGCAGAUCUGUGGCUCCUUGGCCAGACAAGGGCCACAUUGUUCUGACCAGGCUGCUGUGGGUGCCCUCUUCCUCCCCCUCCUCCUCUUCCUCUUCUUUCUCCUCCUCGUCCUCCAGGUGCCUGCACGGCGAUGCUCCGCACCCUGAGCCUCCUCCUGAGCCUGCUGGUGCCAGCUCACACCACCAGGUCACCCGACUGUGGGGGCAUCCUCAGCCCCUCUGGACUGAGAUACCGUAAGUGCAGAGCCACACCUCCCCUGCCAGCAGCAGGCAGUGACACCUUCCUCUCUGCUGGUGGAACACCAAACACUGGCACCACGAUCUCCUGCCACUGCUCAGCUUACCCACCUCACCCCCUGCCCAUUGCUGGGGGUCAGCAAGGGAUGGAAAUGGGUUUUAGUCUGUCCAUCAGGACACAAGCUCCAGAGGCUCUCAUAAAACAUCUGCUGUGUUUCACAGUUGCUGAGGUUUCAAAGCCACACGCAGAGUCGGUCCUCAGGAGGGACCUCAUGGCCCCGCCAGCCCCAGCCCCAUCUCCCACCUCUCCAAGUAGGAACCAAAUUAUCUCUGUCAAAGUUGACAAGUUUUCCCUGACCAUUAUCCCCGACACCGGGAUGCGGCUGAGCAUCGAGGUGGACCUUGGCACCUCAUCUGCCCCCUCAGCCACCAAGGAGAUGAAGCUGUCCAUCCGGGCAGACCUCCACGUGGACAUGAACCCCGAAGGGAACCUGGAGCUGGUGACCUCUGACUGCAAACCCACCCUGGAGGAGGUGCAGAGCACCGAGGAGACAGGCAGCAAGUCCUCGGGCUCUGAUGUGGACAAGCAGAUCGACAUUGAAAAAAUUUGCCUGGAAGUCUCCAGACUGCUGCUUCUCCCAAACGAACGGCUGAUGUCCCUGGCAGCUCCAUUCCCCAUCACACCAAACUGCCAAGUCCAGUACCUGCCCCUGGCUGCCCCCAUGUACUCCGAGCAGGGAAUCAUCAUCUCUUUGCAAACAACUUUCCAAGUGGCAGGGACAGUGGUCCCUCUGCCAGUCAGCCCUGUGCCUUUCAGCAUGCCCGAGCCAGCGAGCUCCAGCCCUUCCCACCUCAUCCUGGCCUUCUCUGAGCACUUCUACACCAGCUUAUUCUCUGCCUUGGAAGAGUCUGGAGCCCUCAACGUGAGUCUGCUGAGCUCGCUGACCACGGCCACCUUGGCUGAGAGGAUCACUCAGAUGGGCUCCCUCUUCCAAGAGGACCUUCCAGUGGUGCUCCAGGCUGUGACCCGGAGCUCCCCUCACGUGGUGCUGGAGGAAGACAAAGCCAUCGUGCAGCUUUUCCUGACUGCCCACAUCGGAGCGGGAUCAUCCCCCUUCCAGAGCUUCCUGAGUGUCAACGUGGAUGUGACUGCCAGGCUCCACCUCAGCGUCGCCGACACCAGGAUGAUCAUCUCUGUGGCAGCCGUAGAGGAUAUCGAGCUCAGCCUGGCCACCUCUGACGUGGGUCCUAUACUGGCUGCCUUGCUGGAGGAGCUGUUCCUGCCCACGAUCCGUGAGGAGGUGCCAGCCCAGAUAAACAAGGUCCUGAGACAAGGGGUUUUCCUGCCCCACAUCGCCAGUUUCACCUACACCGAUGUCAACAUCACCAUUCACAAGGAUUAUGUCUUGAUCCCCUGCAACCUGCAGCUAGAGGCAAGGGCUGCAGAGGCAAGAACCUGGGAGUGAAGUUUGGUGUCUGGAGUAGAACAGUGGCAGAAUCAUUCAGCUGACUCUCACAUCGUGCUCUGUGGUUUGCCAUUGCUUGGAAUGUUGAAAGUCUUCUUUCUUGAUGUACUAAAACAUCAUGGUUUGAUAUUCUGGAUAAUAAUGGUGUUGCACUAGCAGCUUUCUCUUCCAGCCCUGCUCCUGGUAGUUUUGUUGCACAGAGAAUGGAUUGUAACAACGUUCUGUUCUUUAAUUAAACAUUUCUCUUUAAUUCUGCAUUUGUUGGUGUGACUAUUGACAUUUUCCCCCCUCAACAAUUUGUACCUAUAAACAAAUAAAUUUUGU